CAGGCUUUGGGGGAGUUGGAAAACCCCAGAAACCAGGCCUUGGGAAUGGAAAUGGACUGGAAGCUGGGACCUUCCCAGGAACUGGAGCCCAGCCAGGCCUUGGAGAAGGAAUGAGACCCCAGAAGCCAGACUAUGGAGGUGUGAAGGCCCAGAAGCCAGGAUUCAGGAAUGGGAACGGACUUGGCCUGGGAGCCCAGCCAGGUCUCUCAGCUCAGAAUGGCCAUGGACCAGGCAUCAGAGGGGGCAUGAAACCUCCAAAGCCAGGGUUUGGCAAUGGGCACGGAAUAGGAGCUGCAGCCCAGCCAGGGUUUGGGAAUGGGAAUGGACUGAGAGCCCAGCCAGGUGAGAGAAGGACCUGA